AUGCCGUCCCACACAUCCAAAGACCUGCUGGCAGCCCUCCUCAAGACGACCGAGGCCGACAUCAUCCCCCUGACGCGCGAGGGCGUCACGUCGGGCAGCAAAGUCUUCGGCGCCGCGAUCCUCUCCGCCGCCUCCCUGGCACCCUACACCGUCGCCACCAACGACGAGCGCACCUCGCCCCUUCUCCACGGCGAGAUCAACUGCAUCCAAAAGUUCUACACCGUCUCCCACCCGGACCCGGCCUCGCGGCCGAGCCCCGGCGACGACUGCGUCUUCUUCGCCACCCACGAGCCCUGCAGCCUCUGCCUCAGCGGCAUCACCUGGUCCGGCUUCAAGGCGCUCUACUUCCUCUUCACGUACGAGGACAGCCGCGACCGCUUCGCCAUACCCUACGACCUCGAGAUCCUGGAAGAGGUGUUCCGCGUCAAGGCCGACGGCGAGACGGACGCCGCGCUGUCCCGGCGCGCGCUGUACAACAGGAGAAACAAGUUCUUUGAGGCGCGGAGCCUCGGGGAUCUGGUGGCGGACCUGGAAGACGUUGCUGAGCGGGAGCACUGGGCGGCCGAGGUCGAGCGCGUCAAGGACCUCUACGACGGGCUCAGCAAGACGUAUCAAGAGGGCAAGAAGUCUGGAGCCGCCACCUCGAGCACGUGGACGUAG